CAGGUGGUCAAUAUUCUUCACUGUUGUUGAAAAAUCUUGAUUGGCAAAAAUUGGAAGAAUGAGGACCAGAAGAAGAUAAGAAUUCUCCCAGAAAGAGAUUCUCAUCUUUUUUUGGUUUUAAUAAGGCUUAUCGCAAAGAAAACCUCAUUACUCAUCAAAUUAGUGAUUUGGCAAAAUUUAUAAUAUAAAAGUCCAGAAGUCUUCACAUUCAGCCGAAAAUUUAGACGAGUCACGUAGGCACUUCACCUUCAAAAAAAAUUUCACGUAAAGGAUCACUCUCUCCCGGAUCGAGGGUGUGUAAUUCGACCUCAAAGAAUGUCUAAGACGAGCGAGAUGAAAAAUUCACGAAUGCAUUAUCCACAGGAGCGGAGUUAGAUCCAAAAAAAAGUGUUUUUUUUUUUUAUUAUUAUUUUUGUCCUUUUUUUUGAAUAUAAGGACGGAUGGGAAAGAGAGCUUCUGUUGACAAACUUAUAAGAAAGACGCGAUAAAAUGAGAGAAGAAGAAGAAUGAAGGUGCGAUCCGGAGUCACGAGACGUAACGCAAUUUCUCGAAUGGGAGGCAGGACCAGAAGUUGUAAUUAUACUUAUCUUAGUGAUAUUCUUGGAACGGUUUGUUCGACCCCUCCUUUGAGUUUACUAAGAACCAAGUGAGAGAAGGACAGAUUGAUAUACAUUGAUGCUUGAGAAGAGAAAAAGAAAGAAAGACUAUAAGAGAGCGAGGUAGACUUCAAGGAGCAGAAAAAGAAGAAAAGAGAAACGAUGAUGAUGAUGAUGAUGAUGAUGACGAUGACGAUGAUAGAAAUUUGAGGUGGGGACAAACUCUCUGAGGAUGAAAGUUACAUGUACUUAUAUAUAUAGUAUAGUAUAUACAGAGAGAGGAUUCUGAACACAGAAGACAGAAGUCACGAAUCCUUUGCUCCUUACAAUCGCGCGAGCUUUGAAAAUUUCAAGUUAUAAAUUGUAAUUUCAUUAUUACGAUCAAUAUUUUUUUGAUAAUUGAAAAUUAUUUUUCUUAAAAAAAGUAAGAGGACAAUAUGAAGAGAAUUAUUAUUUUAUUUAUCAUUCUUGGAUUCAUCUCACUUGCUGUUAGCAAGCAUCUCAAAGACAGCAGUUAUUUAAAUCACGUGCAAUUGGUUCGUGAAUUUAAAUGCUCCUUUCCUCAACCGCGAGCCGUGUCAGUGGAGGAGCUUUUGACAGUUGGACCAAGUGCUGAUGAAAUUUUUUAUCCACCCUCAACAGUGUUAGCACGAUGUGGAGGUUCCGGAUGUUGUCCAAUUAAUCAAAUUUGCGCACCAGCCGAAUCGAGAAAUGUCAGUCUUGUUUUCAUGGUGAAACAUGCAAUAGAUCUUCAAAGAGAUCGACAUCAUGAGAUAAUACAUACAUUGGAACACACAAGAUGUGCUUGUAUGGAUGAGAAACUUGUUGUUUCUGUGUAAUUAUAUUGAGCAUUUAAAAGAUUUUCAUUCUGUGUAUAAGAAUUAUGAUUUGUUCGCGAAAGCAGCUUUCAUCCAAAGUAGAACGAGACUUUUUAUUCAAUUAAAACACUUUGAAAAAAAAAAAUUUAUCCGUCAGAAAUGCAUUCCCAAGAGUUCUUUGAGGUUUUGUUUCUUUUAGAAUUAUUUUGAUUGAUUAAAAAAAAAAAAAAUCUAAUUCUAAUUUCUGUAAUCAAUUUUAACAAAUUUUUGAAAUCAAAAAAGAAUUUUCUUUAUUCCUUUUUUUAAAAUUUUAUUUUGUUUUUCAAUCUGCCUCUGGGAAUUUCCUGACGGAUAAUUUCUGACGUAAUUAAGUUCCUGUAUUAUGCUAAUUGCAUAAUUAACCAAAGAAUAUGAAAAUGUUUUUACUAUUUAGAAAAUGCACAUAAUUAUUGUAACUUCUUUUUUAAUACAUCUUUAUUAUUAAAGUACCAAUUGUUAAUAAAUUAAAAAAAUAAAGAAUGUUUCAUGAUUUUAAAAAAA